CAGGAAAGAGAAGCUGGGACCGCAACUACCAACUGCCGCCUGGAUCCUAGGUGAGCUGUGGGCUCUGACAGCGCUGUGGCUAACAUGGCACCCAAAAAGAAGACUCUCAAGAAGAACAAACCCGAGAUCAAUGAGAUGACCAUCAUCGUGGAAGACAGCCCCCUAAACAAGCUGAAUGCUCUAAAUGGGCUCCUGGGGGGAGAAAACAGCCUUAGCUGUGUUUCUUCCGAACUAACAGACACUUCUUAUGGUCCCAACCUCCUGGAAGGUUUAAGUAAAAUGCGUCAAGAGAGCUUUCUAUGUGACUUGGUCAUCGGUACCAAAACCAAGUCCUUUGAUGUCCAUAAGUCAGUGAUGGCUUCCUGCAGCGAGUACUUCUAUAAUAUCCUUAAAAACGAUCCAUCGACAAAAAGGGUAGACCUCAAUGAUAUCGCCCCUUUAGGCCUAGCCACCGUGAUAGCAUAUGCAUACACGGGAAAGCUGACCCUUUCUUUAUACACAAUAGGAAGCAUCAUUUCUGCUGCUGUGUACCUCCAGAUCCACACUCUUGUGAAGAUGUGCAGCGACUUUCUGAUCCGAGAGAUCAGUGUUGAGAACUGCAUGUAUGUUGUUAACAUGGCUGAAACAUACUGCUUGAAAAAUGCGAAAGCAACGGCCCAGAAAUUUAUCCGGGAUAACUUCAUUGAAUUUGCCGACUCCGAACAAUUUAUGAAGCUGACGUUUGAACAGAUUAAUGAGCUUCUCAUAGAUGAUGACUUGCAGUUGCCUUCUGAGCUGGUAGCAUUCCAGAUUGCAAUGAAAUGGAUAGAAUUCGACCAAAAGAGAGUGAAGCACGCUGCGGAUCUUUUAAGCAAUAUUCGCUUUGGUACCAUCUCUGCACAAGACCUGGUCAAUUACGUUCAAACCGUACCGAGAAUGAUGCAAGACGCUGAUUGUCAUAAACUGCUUGUGGAUGCUAUGAACUACCACUUACUACCUUAUCAUCAAAACACGUUGCAAUCUAGGCGGACAAGAAUUAGAGGCGGCUGCCGGGUUCUGAUCACUGUCGGGGGACGCCCUGGCCUGACUGAGAAGUCCCUUAGUAGAGACGUUUUAUAUAGAGACCCUGAAAAUGGAUGGAGCAAGCUUACAGAAAUGCCAGCCAAGAGUUUCAAUCAGUGUGUGGCUGUGAUGGAUGGAUUCCUUUAUGUAGCAGGUGGUGAGGACCAGAAUGAUGCGAGAAACCAAGCCAAGCAUGCAGUCAGCAAUUUCUGCAGGUACGAUCCCCGCUUCAACACGUGGAUCCACCUGGGCAGCAUGAACCAGAAGCGCACGCACUUCAGCCUGAGCGUGUUCAACGGGCUCCUGUACGCGGUGGGCGGCCGCAACGCCGAGGGCAGCCUGGCUUCCCUGGAGUGCUACGUGCCCUCCACCAACCAGUGGCAGCCCAAAGCUCCGCUCGAGGUGGCGCGGUGCUGCCACGCCAGCGCCGUGGCCGACGGCCGCGUGAUCGUGACGGGCGGCUACAUCGGCAGCGCGUACUCGCGCUCCGUGUGCGCCUACGACCCUGCGCUCGACGCGUGGCAGGAGCUGCCGGGGCUGAGCACGCCCCGAGGCUGGCACUGUUCGGUGGCGCUGGGCGACAGGGUGUACGUGAUGGGGGGCAGCCAGCUGGGGCCGCGCGGGGAGCGUGUGGACGUGCUCACCGUGGAGAGCUUUAGUCCCGUAGCUCGCCAGUGGAGCUUCGUGGCGCCCCUGCCCGUGGGUGUGAGCACGGCGGGUGUCUCGGCGUUGCACGGCCGAGCCUACCUGGUGGGCGGCUGGAACGAGGGCGAGAAGAAGUACAAGAAAUGCAUCCAGUGCUUCAACCCGGAGCUCAACGAGUGGAUGGAGGACGACGAGCUGCCCGAGGCCACCGUGGGCGUGUCCUGCUGCACGCUGGCCAUGCCCAACAGCGUGUCCCGCGAGUCACGGGCCAGCUCGGUGUCCUCCGUGCCGGUCAGUAUCUGAACGCAUUGCUUCCCAAUGUGGUCAAACUGUGAGUGGGCCACCAGGAAAAUAUACACCAUUUACUACAGUGAUGGUGGUUCAAUUCGAUCCAGAGGAGUGCCUGGACGGCUUUAAAUUCUUAGUUUAGCACCAUCUACCUCAGUCUUUCCUCCCCAAUCUUCCACCAAUAAAAUAAAGGGCCAUUAGUCAACGAAAGAAGCAAUUUCACUCUGCAGCCACUGGGUGGCCAACGGAGUUUGUUACAGGCGCUCUUCCAAGGAGGCUCGCUUCCUAAAUUCAUAGCAGUCACACACGCGCUGAGAUUUUCCAACGCUGUACUCGUGAAACUUACUUGACUAUGUGAUUUCCUAUCCAAAGGAGUAUUUUCCUCUCUCAUUCUUUGGGGGACGUUGAAAAUACCCAGUUCACAUUUCCAAAUUAAAAUAGUCCACAUCCAUAAUAGCCUUAAUUCUAUAUUUCAACAUUAAAGUUUCUUUCCCCUUACUUGACUGGAAAGAAUUUUUAAAAAUAUCUCAUGACAUAACUACAAAGCUUUAUGGAAAGCAAUACAUUCUACCUGGGAAACGUCACGGUGACAGUUUGGGAUUAAUGGCGUGUACCCGCCCCCCUCUCCCCAUCCUGUCCUUGAAGCUUCUGACAUUUUCUAUCAUAAAAUUCUACUCUCAGAAAAGAAAACAGUUUUCUGUCAUUUAAUUUAUAGUGAAAAUUUAAAUCAUUUGGCAUUUUUCUUAGAAAUAUUUCCACUUUUGUCUCUUAUCCUUACAGAGACUAUUUUUUCCUAGCGCCAGAUGGCAAACCAAAGGCCUGGAGCACACUAGUACUCUACCAGGGAGCUACAUAUCCAGUCCUCAUUUAUUUUAAUUUUUGAGACAGGGUUUCACUAGGUAGACCAGGCUAGCCUCAAACUCCCAGUGCCUCCUGAGUGUUGGGAUUAAAAGUAUGUGCCAGCACUCAUAGCCCUCUUUUUUAUUUUAAAGUAGGAUUUUACUAGAUUGCCCAGGUUGGCCUUGAAUUUAAAUUCCUCCUGCUUCAGCCUACCCAGUAGCUGGGAUUACAGACAUGUACCACCCGGUACAGCUUUAUCCUACACAGAUAUAACCUCUGACAUUAGCCUGAAUAAUCACCAAAUAACAUAAGUUGUUGAAUAUUAUUGUCAGCUUAGCCUUUGGCUGGGAAGCCAAUAGCAGUAAUUUUACUGACCCCUCUUUUACAUGGAGAUGAUGAAGGAAAUAUUUGGGGUUCUAGGACUUGGCAAUCACCGGAUGAAUAGGUAGGUGGGUUCCUCACCGAGGAAUGCUGAUAGCUAACCUAAAAGAGUAAGCCAACAAUAAUGCUCUUUAUGGUUUACCUUACUCCAAACUGCUUUGUGAAUUAAAGUGUAUUUUUUUUUUGAGACAGGUCUCACUAUGUAGCUCUGGCUGGCCUAGAACUCAUUGGUAGACCAAGCUGGCCUCAGACUCAGUGAGAUCUGUCUGUCUGCCUCCUGAGUGCUGGGAUAAGGCAUAUGCCACUAUGCCUAGCAAAGUGUAUUUUCCUGUUAUCAUUUCCUUGAGUCAUCUGCCAAGUUUGGAAGAAAGGGGAAGAAUUGUAGUAAAUGAUGCAUAUUUUCCUUUAAUAUAUCAGUUUAUUCUUCAUGGCAUAUUUGUUUUGGGAAGGAAGUGCCUAUCAGCGAUGCCUUCUGUACGAUUAGAGAAUUUAGAGGGCUGGAUAGGCAUCUGGACCUCUAUCUCGGUUGUCACCAACCCCAGCCUUCCGUACUACAUGUGUGUUGUAGUUGUAAUGGUCACGUCUAAGGCCCGGUCCCCUUGUCUGUGGGUUAACACAUCUGUAGGGGCAGCUAGACCCAGGAUGAAAAUAUCUGAAAAAAAAUUGCAUGUUCCAAACAUGUACCAAAUAUUUUCUCCCCCCACCCAGCAAUACAAUGCAACAGUUUGCAUUGCAUUAUAUUUGAUAUGAUGAUACCUUAAAAUGAUAUAACUUAGAGAAGAUGUGAGCAGGUUGUACGUAAAUAGCUUAUGCCAUUUUGUAGAUGGGACAUGAGUGUCACAGGCACUGGUCUCUAGCAAGGGAUGGGGCAUGUCCCGGUACUCGUCUCCCAAGGAUACUGAGGGAUAGCUACAUUCUAUUCCAACUGUGGAAAGGGGUUCCAAUAAAACACUUUUGAAAUAACCUUCCUCAUCACCCCUUACAAAAAAGUUCUGUUUGGGGUAUUCAGUGCUGGCGCUCAGUAACAGACUGUAAACAUGUAAAUAAGGAAGACAUCAUUAGCACAGAAAUACGGGGAGAAAGAGGCGUUUCACCAAUCACAGGGAACAUCGAAAGGUGGCUGCCUCUUUGACUCCAUGACUGUGCAGGUUGGAAAACAAAACUCUGUGAGGAAAUGUUUUUGGGAGCAAGUUAAUCCCUGGCCGAGCUCCUAAAUUAUCAGCGAUGCAAUGGUGUCGGGGAGGUAAACUCCAUUUUCAACGCAUCGUUUGGCCACAACUUGCUGAGGGCAGCCACUGCAUCUUCUCAUGGCAGUAUACACGCAGCUCUGCAACAGAAAAGCCUACAGGACACUGGUAAUGAGAGAGAGAGAGAGAGAGAGAGAGAGAGAGAGAGAGAGAGAGAGAGAGAGAGAGAGAGAGGUCCCGCAUUGUGGGCUACAAAUAAGUGAACGAACAUGUAAUUCACUUAUGCGUGCCAAUCACUGCUCCUCGAAUAGAGAAUGUAGGGGUGAAGAGAAAGACCUAGGGCUCUACAUGAAAUAAAAGCCAGCGCAUUGUAACAUCUUAGGAUUAUAAAACAUGGGGAGGGAGACAGAAACUAGAGAGAUCUCUGUUGGAGCUGGUAAGGUACCACGCGGUAGCUUUCCAGAGAUGAACCACAGGCCCCUUACAGCUGGGCAAAUCGCAGUCACUUAUUUUCUGUGUUGUUAAUCCGAAGACUCGGAAAAUAACACAACCAGGCUUACCGAGUCCUGCGCGCACUGAGGUUGAUAGAGUAUGGAACCUGAAAGUGAUUAUUUGAGUCCCGGAACAGCCUGCACUGCUGCUAGGGACACAAAUGCAAGGAGACGCAAAAUGUUCUGUCACCUUCCAAGUCUUUACUCCAUCUCCAGGUUGCUGCUCCCCGGAAGCACACUUUCCAACUUUACAUGGCUUUACUGUGGUUCAUGCUUACCUAUAUUCGGUUACAGCCCCAAGUCAGGACCCAAACAUGCACUUCUGUUUAUUUUUCCUCACAGAAAAUGACUUGUGUGUUUCUUUUUGUUGUUGUUGUUAAUGCCUGAGUUCCGUGAUUAAAUCCAUGUACUAGCUCAGUUUAUCAGAAAAUACCAUGUUACCCAGCAGCCAAAACAAUAAAACCCAAGCUGCCUUUUGCUGAACGGGCCAGAAGGCCAAUAAGAAUGUGUCCAGGAAGCCAGACCUUAAUAGAGUAUGUCCAUCUUCCCUGGGCUCCUGGGCCAACCUGAGAUCUCCAACUGACGAGUUAAUUUCAGUACACUGAGCGCAUCUCAUGUUCGCUUCCUGUUGUAAGGAUGGGUCAGAAAUAGAAGGUCGGUGACUGGAUGGUGGGGACAUGAAGAAGUAUUAUAGUUGAGGUAAUAAGGAAGUGGUCUAGAAAGGCUCUAUGCUUUAAGACAGGGUAAUAAUGAUAAUAUGUGUGUUUUACAACACAUAUGUAAAUAGAAGUUCUCUGGAAAUGGGAGGUAGGCUCCCCACCCCCACUCCCAUCAUCCUGCCCAAAUGUGUUCAGAAUUCAACUAAAUUACUAAGUUAAAUGGACAAAGUCAGUCUGUUGCAUCUGUUUUCCCUUAGUUACAACACACUCAACCUUCAUAAUUGCUGAGAGCCGGACCCCUGCCCCAGCUCUGGCACAAGGCAGCAAUAGAAGGAAUUCUUUUCCUAUCAAUACAAAUUAUACCAAAUAUUCUCCAUUCUAAAUUACUAAAACUAAGGGAUUAAAAUAUUAACAAUUUACCCCAUAACAUGCUGUUUAGCAUUCCCUCGAAGGGAGUUUGACCCCAAAUGCUUAUCUUGGACACUCCUUUUAAAAAAUGUUUUUGUGAUUGUUUAUCCAGCAAGUUUUGGCAGUCUUGUUGGCUUAAAACAUUCUGGUUCCCUAUAAAGAACAACAAAGGAAAGUGUAUGUAGUAUUAUUUUGUAACCUCACUACUGUUAAUAAAGCUGCAUAC